GCCAAAAAAAAGGGAGGGGAGGAGGGAGGCGGAGCAUCCCAACGACAACAAAGCCCGAUCGAUCAUUAAAACGAAUAGAAUUCCGUCUGGCCACGCCUAUCUCGUUUUUCCCUGCCCACCAGCGGCGGGUCUUACUAAAAGGGCUGUAAUGGCUGAAGGCGGUGUUCUUGUUACGGAGUCUAGCUCUGACGGGGAUAGCUCAGGCGGGUAUCUUCGCUCUCGCCGGUGGCGCCAGCUUAAAAGGAGAAAACGGGGGCGGCUGAGGCGCGGCCUCCCGGAACCGCUGGAGGUCAUUGAUCUGACUGGAGAUGACAUGAUUGUGAGAACAACAGCAUGCAAUGACUUUGGGGUCAUCGAUCUGACGGAGGCUGAGGAGAACAUAGCCGGUCCUCUUCAUGCUAGUUGCUAUACUGAUCAGGGCCUGAAGCACUCGUCUCCAGUCAGCAAGCACCCCGUAUACUCUCCUAAAAUCCUCACCCCUAUAAAAACUGAGAACAAACUUGACAUGCCGCUUGGCUUGUGGGACAGAGACUGUGAGCAGCCUUCCCCCCAAGGCGAUACUGGAAAGAAGCAGCCCUUCUUUCAGUGCAGCAGUUUCUCCCUCAUCUCCAGCUACGGCGGGGAUUCUGACAGCAGCAGCCACACCACUUACAACAGUGAUUUGGGCUCCUUAGGAAGCCCCCAGUUAGGGUCUGAUGUCUUCUCCUUCUCUCCGUCCACUGACAGCAGUGAAUGCCAAGCGUUCUUGGACUCUGUGGAAGAAGCUCCUGGUACUUGCCUGUCCAAGGAAGAACCCAAGCCCCAGUCCUCCCCACUACAUCAGAGAUGUUCCCCAAGCCCCAUCCCCUACUGUUCUCCAAUGAGCAUUUCUCCGUUUCUAGCAGAAGCUGAUCAGCCUUUGCAAGAGGCAAAUAACGCAGCACCAAGUGCUGUAAAAUUGGACAUUCAGGAGACAGCGAAGCAGAUCGACCUCAAGAUCUGGUUGAAGACGUUGCAGUAUUUCCAGGGGGUCCCUGUACAUCACCCCUUUCUCCAAAAUGUGGUGCAGGAAAAGGAUGCUAGCCAGAAAAAGCAAAUGAACCCCCAGCCUAUCACAUCACGGAGACUGAGCAUGGUGUCCAGCACUAUCGAAGAGAACUUCUUCCAGGGAACUUUGGACUUCCUCAUGGACUAUGUAUCCUGCCAGUACUACCCUCCAAAAGAGAUCACAUCCUGUGUGGUCAGGCAGAUCCUGUUGAGCCCAGAACGCAAAGAUGUGCAACAGGAGACACAGAAAGAUGCUUACAUGUUGUUGAUGAAAAUCCAGGCACUUCAUCCAGCAAAGGCAGACUCAGUGGUAUGGGACUGGGAGCUGCUACGAGAGGUCAUGGAAGAGCAGGAAGAAACGUUUCCCGGGCGACUCCUGUUUUUGCAGUAUGUGAUCCAGACCUUGGAGGAUGACUUCCAGAGGAUGUCCAGAACAGGCGUCCUGCACAAGUCUAUUGCAAAGGCAGUGCUUUCCUGUGAUCAGUGCUUCAGCAACGUAAAGGAAGUGACUGAAUGGCUAGUAGCUGCUGUUAUGGGAGUAAGGAUUAACCAAUACAGAAGAAACCUGCAGAAAGCAAGAAGUCCUUCAUUAGAAACAUCCAGGGACAUGAGCAGCAACUCAAUAACAAAAUUGCACUUAAAACAGACUGCACAAACAGAUGACAUCAUUCCAUCAUUUCAGUCCCAAAAAGAGGUGCCAUUUCUCCAAAGGAUGCUUUCUAUAGCAAUAGAAGUGGACAAGUCUCCAAACUGCAGUGCCCUUAAGAUUGUACAUAUGGUGUUUUCGUCAUUGCUGAAUAUUCCCAAGCACUAUCAGAGGCAAGCCUUUCUGAGCAGUAUGGAAUGCCACCUCUUGCGCUGUAAAGUGUUGGAACUCAUUUUUCAGCACAACUGCAACACACCCACUGAUCUGCCCUUGUCUGUGAAGAAGAUCUUGCAUUUUCUGGAGCACUUUUCUCUGCUACUGACAUACCAGGACAAUGAGGUAACAUGGCUGAGAUGGGAUGAGAUGCUUCACCAAUUGAUCUUAUUGUUGCUGAGUUAUCGCAGCGUCGUCCUAGGGCACUUAAGAAGUUCAGUGUGUGAACGGGUUAAUUUAAUUAUCAACGCUGCCAAACCCAAACUACAGUCAAAUGACUGCGUUGAAAGAAAUUCUGUAGAGUGCAAAAUUAAAGACUUUCAGAAGCAGCUUUCUCAGACUUUGGGGCAGCCAAUUCCCCCACCCAUAAAGGACAAAAUUGAGUUACUCCAAGUGUUGCUUCUCACUGCUAUGGAUAACUAACAGGAGGUAUAUUAGAUACCUGAAAGAUGGACCUCUUCCAAACAGAAACACCUGAGCAAUGAAUCUUCAGAUAAAAUCCUCAACAAAAAUACUAACCCACUCUUUUUGUAUACAAGACAUGCUUUGAAUUAUCAAUCAGUGGACAGUUCUAGCAACUGUACAACUUCAUCUUAACACUUCUGUUGUCAUACAGGUUUGUCAAUCUGUUUGUUUGCAUUUGAGUUUUAUAUAGCUUUUAUAAAAUUAUUUUACUGA